UUCAGCUCAUUCUUCCUGCUGCAUAUGUAGAUCUGGUCAGGAUCAGCCCAAGAUCUAUGAUCCACUUCUUUUUUGUUCUUACAGACUUGGCUGGAACUUCUCAAGCCUAUAACAAAGCAGAUUAAAACAGUGGAUUGCUCCAUUCCUGUUUGGCUAGAGUAUUCAGAAAAGCUGAUCCCGCAGGCUGUGGAAAUGAAGAGAUUUGUAAAUGUUCCCGACAGACCUUUGAAACCAAACUUAUGAAGAUGUUGUGUUUUAAGAUCCUAAGGAGAUUCUUUUCAAAUUUAUGGUGAAAUUUUUCCCAGUGGAUCCGGGCCAUCUGAGAGAAGAGCUGACAAGAUAUAUGUUCACUCUCCAAAUCAAGAAGGACUUGUCCUGUGGAAGACUCCCCUGCAGCGAUAACAGUUCAGCCCUGAUGGUAUCGCACCUUUUGCAGUCUGCGCUGGGGGAUUUUCAUGAAGAAAUUGAUCAAAAGCACCUGGAAACGCACAAAUAUUUAUUAAACCAAGAGUAUUUGGCAAACAAGAUCAUGCAUUUCCACAAGAAACAUGUAGGCAACACCCCUGCUGAAUCAGAUGUGCACCUCUUGGACAUCGCUAGGACAUUAGAGAUGUAUGGCAUCAGACCCCAUGCAGCCAGCGAUGGGGAAGGGACCCAGAUCAAUUUGGCCGUCACUCACAUGGGAGUCCUGGUUUUGAGGGGGAAUACAAAGAUCAACACCUUCAACUGGUCCAAAAUCCGCAAGCUGAGUUUCAAACGGAAGCAUUUCCUGAUCAAACUCCACGCGAACAUGUCGGCCUUGCGCAAGGAUACCCUGGAGUUCACCAUGGCCGACCGAGACUCGUGUAAGGCCUUCUGGAAGACCUGCGUGGAGUACCACACUUUCUUCCGACUCUCUGAGGAGCCAAAGUCAAAGCCCAAACCCUUUCUGUGCAGCAAGGGCUCGAGCUUCCGAUACAGUGGAAGAACCCAGCGGCAGCUGCUGGAACAUGCAACGAAAGGGAAGCUGAAGAGCCUGCCAUUUGAGAGGAAACGUUAUCCCUCUCGAUAUGAGAGACAGUGCCGGUCGUCACCAGACCUUCUUACAGAUGUUUCCAAACAAAUGGAAGACUUGCGGCUAGUUUAUGGCACCUUAGGAGGCUACCACGGUGCCAAUGGAGUCCACACCUCUGAGCCUCUGCUAGACAGUAGGCGGAGGAACUCUGCAGUGGAAGUGAUAUUUGCGGAUGAGUUGGAGCGGUCCAAGCCAGAAGCCGACCCGACGCUGCUGCCUCAUUCCCAGAGCAGCUCUACCUUCUCACUGGCCUAUGCAGAGCUGGAGCGGGAUUGGGAACCAGUUCACAUGUACGGGCAACAAAUCCUGCUGACUUCCUUCCAGCCUGGCUACAAGCUGGCUGGGAACAGCAAAAGCAGCUCUGUGGGCAACAUGAGAGAGGUGACCCCCCGACAACAGCUGACUUACACGGACGUGCCCUACAGGGGCCCCAUCCACCAGCAAUUGGAUGUCGCUUCUCCUCAAGUCUUUUUCUACGUGGACAGGCCCCCUCAGUUUUCAAGGCCCACAACGAUGGUCGGCCCUGCUGGGGAAGCAGGCAGUGGAGUGAACAUGCUUGGGAUGGCACCCACAAAGCCUUCAAGGAGAAGCCCUGGUACGCCAAGAAUGAGGGCAACUGAGCCAGAGGCCUUGCCUAGAACUAACUACCUUUGUAGCUCUAGUAUGGAGCAAGAGGACGAUGGAAGCGUCUUUGACUAUGGCACUCAGGAUCGGACUCCCAAGAGAUAUUGGAGCCAGUCUGACAUGAAAACCAUCAGAUUCCCAUAUGGCACAGAAUUCCAACCUCUGGGACCAUCUCCUGUCCUGAGCAGCAGGAAGGCUGAUAUUUUGCAGUACGUGCUGGACCAGCAAAGGUUCCCAGAACCUCCCAGAGUCCAGCGAACCACAGAAUGCUGUGUGGGAAGCGGGACAGAGUCCAGUGACUCCGAUUCAGACCUGCUGCCAGACUACUAUUCUCUCUAUGGGAGGGUGGUCAAAGCACCCAGUGCAAGGGUCCGCCUGUCUUCGCUUGAGGGGGAGCAUGAGAACAGGACUUUACAAGAAGCAUCUAAUUAUUUCACUUAAACAACAGGACUGGCCUAAGCCAAGUAGAUCUUUAAAGGAGGUCCCUCUUUCGUACUUGGGGAUAUUGCUAGUUUUGACAGCAUGAUUAAUUAAAACUCUGGCAUUUAAUAACAGAGAAAUCAGCCAAAGAACUUUGCUCUUCAAAAGGAAUGGAGGACUGUAUUCAACUAAAUCUACUCAGAGUAGACCCACUGCAAUUAAUGAACCUGUUAGUUGUGUCCAUUAGCUUCAGGGGGUCUACUUUGAGGACUAGUGUUGCAUACCCCACUGACUUUUUUAAAAGGGGGUAAAGAGGGAAAGCUUACAUGCUGUCUCCUGGACACAUUCCAUGCUAUGGGGCAGAGGGAGCAGGCUAUAACCCCAGUGUGGCAAACU